AUGUUCAGACCAAGCUCUAUACGCCGCCUCAUCCGCGAGAACCUUUCGCGCGUCUCUGCUACUGCGAUUCAGCGGGGCCACGAAGGAUCUUCCUCUGUCAACGACCCUCCUCCCGCGCCCCUCCUCCUUCCCGUAGAUCUUCCCACGGCUUCUCCUCCAUGCGACAGGUCAUCUCAUGUGUAUUCAUCUUGCGCCGUGCCUCCUUCGCGAGCGGAUCCAUCCACAGACCUUUCGCCUUUGGCUAGGUCUACUGCUCAUCCGCGUCCGCAAGAAACUUCCAUCGGUCCAUCGCGAGAUUCGCGUUCGCAAGAGCCGCCUAAUGCGCCACAUACUGAGGACCGCAGGCAUCCUUAUACACGUCGUCUAUGGGCCUCUGAUAUGCCGGCCCAUGCUAUGGGUACAGCUGGCAGAUCUGCGCCAUCGUCAACUCUGAAUAUCUACUCUGACGACAUGCUCCCGCAAUCUUCUCCGGCGGGGUCAGCGCCUCUCCCCGACACACAGUGGGCAGGCUACGACAAAGAAGUGAUCAACGUCAUGAUGCCCGUCGACCUGCACGGAUGUUUCCUCAUCCUACUCAGCGCCCCACACUUGCGCAAAAUUCAGUUUUGGCGGAUCAACGGUAACAGAAACUCUGGGAAGUGGCCCGAGCUCGAGGUUCGAGAGCUCGAGUCGCUGAUUAUUCGCGAUACCGAGAUGCAGAUCAAGAAACUCUUGGACUGCCUCCGCAUCCGGGAUCUGCAGGAACUUGAAGUGUACUACGCCUCCCAAUGCGGCCAUAACUUCAUCUCGGACCGGGCCUCAUAUCGCAAACUCUUCGAUUCGCGCCGACAUCUACCCCUCGAAGGUCGGAUCCGGAUUGUGCCAAACGAUCCAAAGUACAGUGGCAGGUCUUCGUCGCUAGAGCGACGGUUGAAAGAAAGUCUCCGUGGAAAGGAGUGGGACAUCAGAGUGACUGAUAAUCUCUUCUGA